AUGGGUCGCGUCAUUCGUGCUCAAAGAAAAGGUGCCGGAAGCAUCUUCAAGGCUCACACUGUCGGCCGUAAAGGUGCUGCCAAGUUGAGAGUCUUUGACUUUGCUGAACGUCACGGUUACAUUCGUGGUAUCGUCAAGGAGAUUGUUCACGAUCCCGGUCGUGGUGCUCCCCUUGCCAAGGUUGUCUUCCGCGAUCCCUACAAGUACAAGCUUCGCACUGAAACCUUCAUUGCCACCGAGGGCAUGUACACUGGCCAGUUCAUCUAUGCUGGUAAGAAGGCUACCUUGAACGUCGGUAACGUCUUGCCCCUUGCUUCCGUUCCCGAAGGUACCGUCAUCUGCAAUGUCGAAGAAAAGGUCGGUGAUCGUGGUGCUCUUGCCCGUACCUCUGGCAACUACGCUACCGUCAUUGGUCACGGUGAAGAUGGCAAGACCCGUAUCCGUCUUCCUUCCGGUGCCAAGAAGAUCGUUCCCUCCACCUCCCGUGCCGCUAUUGGUAUCGUUGCUGGUGGUGGUCGUAUUGACAAGCCCCUCUUGAAGGCUGGUCGUGCUUACCACAAGUACAGAGUCAAGCGCAACAGCUGGCCCAAGACUCGUGGUGUUGCCAUGAACCCCGUCGACCAUCCUCACGGUGGUGGUAACCAUCAGCACAUUGGUCAUGCUUCUACUGUGGCUCGCGACAGCUCCGCCGGUCAAAAGGUCGGUUUGAUCGCUGCCCGCCGCACCGGUCUCCUCCGUGGUACCAAGAAGGUCAAGGAUCAGUAA